AUGCCUCCGCUGCCGAACCCCCCCUUCGUCUUCCCGGCGAGGCCCUCGUCCGCUUCCGCGCCGUCGUCCUUCUCGAGGGCCACUGGCAGACGCCCUCUGUCUGCCAUCGAAAUCCAGGACCGCUCUUCUCCGUUUGGGGACACCUUUGACCGCCCCUCUAGGUCUCCAGCGCUUCCCAACUUCACAUUCAACCCGGGUGCUUCGCUGUCACCCGAAACCGCGCUGUUCACCCCGCCUCCGCUUUCUCCUCCACCGGUAUCCCCAAGACUGAUACCGUCACCCAACUCCAUUUCGGCAUCCAGACCUGGUCAUGGCCACAGACGAGGAGGAAGCGAGUUUGUUGGUGGGAGCAUCCGCUCUGGGGACUCUAUUGUUGCGAGCACCAGUCCAACAAGACCAGAGAGUGGCUUUGCACCCGGAGGUUUCCAACUACCACCUCCUAAACCCCCAGGGCGUCGAGGCCAUCAGCACCGGCGCUCUGCCGCGCUCUCAGGCCAUGACCUGUCCCUCAUUCUCCAGCCCCCCGCUUCAGGGCCCCCUCGUGGAAGCAGCGCACCGACAAGCCCUGCCGACUACAGCAACAGGCGCUUGGAGAACCAGCCAGACAGGCAGGACGAAAGGACGCUGAAAUACGUCGAGUCUGAACCAUCCUUAAAAGUGCCUCGAGAAUUGCACACGCCCUCGGAUGGAUCAGCCAGCUCGAGUGGCCGAGCGUCUCCUGUGGCCCGGCCAGUUACACGCGCUCGUGUUGGCUUCUCUGAUACUCUGGAAUUCAUCCCGCGACCCCUUUCGAUGGUUUCUAGCGACACCUCCAGCACUGUGACUGCUCGACCUGGUGGGCACUCCGUUUCUGGCAGCAUCUCCUCCAUCAUCUCCAUUCCGACGCUCGCCAACGCCGAGACAGAGCCCGUGAUUCCACUUGUCCUCACCCCGUCCCGGCAAACCAACGAAUCCAGACCUAGCACGGCUGGUGCGGUGCUGGAGCGGUCUCAAAGUAUCCAGUCUGUUGGAGCAUCACCCAGAAGACGAAACUCGAUUCCCACCCUUAUCAACGUACCCGAAGCAGGUACCGUUGGCCCGCCGAUGCCCAGCCCUUCUAAGACGCCAAAGCGGUGGUCAUUCUUUGGACUGGACCCUUUUGCUGCCGCGGCAUCGCCACUGCGCGCCAGACCUGUCAGCUCGAGCUCAUCCGAGUCGGCAUCCAAGCCUAAUAGCUCCGCAUCUUCUUCUUCUGAGCAUAUUUCGGAAUCUUUUGGCGCAUCAGAAGCCUCCGAUCCUCACAGCAAAGACGGCAGGAAGUCAAAGAAGAAGAAGAAGGUUAAGAAUUGGGCUGGUUCCAUCUUGACACGCAAGGAUAAGCGGCGGUCCAAAAAGUGCAAAGAUCUGGACCUCUCUGGCGAAUCUGUUGUUCGAGCUGAACCCGCAGAGGAAAAGGAAGAAGUGUUCCUCGCCGAGCCCGAAAUCGACGUGGAGCCUGUAACUCCAACCUUGGUCGUGACAGACUCAUCGAGCCAGCCGCAGGCCCUUCAAGAAUGGAAGCCGCGACCUGUGUCUGCCCAGGACGAUACCUCGUUCCCCAUGAUCGACUUGGAUGCUGCGCUUGGUCCAUUCAACACACCCCUUCCUAACAACCCUGAGUGGGACGCGGCCCAAAAAGCUGGUUCCUCUAAGCGCCAGCUGCACAGCGCGCAAGGCAUGAAGGGCUUCAGCGGUCCAGGCAUGCACUACCAUCGGCGAGCUGAGAGCGCGCCCGAGAUGGUUCCGUUCGAGGGCGCCCGGUUCGGUAUCCAUCGUUUUGGUAGCAGUUCGACAAUGGCCGACGUCUUCGAGGAAGAUGAGGAAGACGACGAGAACGGUGUCAAGUCCACAUCCCAGAGUCGCAGCGCUGCUCGGCGGGCCGCUGCCCGACAGGACUCGGAAUCCUCCAGCGACGAGGCGACGCCUCCUGCCGUCACAGCCAAGAACCCCAUGCUCGGUCUCAACACCACCAGCACUGACAACAGCAGCACCGACGUGCCUCCUGCGGCUGCCAACCAGGAUCUGAAGAAGCGUAACAGCAUGAAGUCCGAGAGAUCUGUGACGUCUCUUCAUGAACUAGCGAUUCCUGAGGAGCCUCUGCCAGAAAUGCCCGACAUUCCUGAAUUCCGAACAACCUCUCUGUUCCAUGACAAGGCGGAAUCGACUGGUUCGGAGACUCCCUCACCUCGCAGAAUCCUUGCGAGUAAAGAUUUGGCUCCCGUUGAUGUCAGCCCUCUGCACUUGCCGACGCCCUCGAACGUCCCUGUCAGUCCUUACUCGAUGAGCCACGCCUCUUCGUUCCCGUCGCCCCGCUCGCCAAUGUCCUACGACGCUCAAAGGAUUUCAACGGCGCCUUCUUCAGUUAAUGAGGAGAACAAUUUCCAGUCUCUGCUUCUGGGCGAGCCUGGUCCUGAAGUCAGGCUGUCGGUGGAUAUCCCGUCGUUGACCUCCAGCCACUCCACAAUGACGAGGGACAGUUCUUUCGUCACCAACCCUCAGUUCAGGCCGGACAGCGGCCGUACCGACCAGCAACGACCGGUAUCUGUGUCCUCCGCCGCGUUUGGCCGUCGGCGAUCAAGCCUGGCCAGUUUGAGCAGACUCAUUAGCAGCUCCCACGGCGAGAGAAGCAAGCUCUCGAUGGAGGUUUCAUACGACGGCGAGACUGAGAAGAAACAUAAGUCCAGCAAGUCAAAGCGACUCAGUCGGAUGAUGCGAUUUUGGAAGCCUAAGGAAGACAACUCGGCGUAG